CCUAAGAUGGCCGAUGAAGGGGGCCAGGAAACCCACGGGCUAUUGUUGAUGGGGACGGUCGGCCCCGAUUAUUUUACGCGGGUUAAAGUGUUUUGUUAAAUGUGAAACGGAAUAAAAAAUGUUGUUUUAAAAUAGAUAUAAAAUUAGGUUUUCUACAGACGCCAAGCGAAGGUAUAUACGACGUAUCAAGGAAAACCAUUCGGAGGUUUGUCCACGUCCGAUCGGAUUCAACAUAUACUCGCGCGGCUGUGCCUGGCACGAGGGGCGAUGGCGGAGGAGAAGAAGUCGCGCGUGAGCGGCACGCUGCUGCCCGUCGAGUCGGUGAAGCUCAUCGGCGAGUCCGUGGGACUCGCGCAGAUGUCGGAGGACGCAUGUCAGCUGCUCGCAGAGGAGGUUGGCUUCCGACUCAAGGAGCUGUCGCAGGAGGCGGCCAAAUUCAUGCGCCAUGGCAAGCGGAAAAAACUGAGCACAUCCGACCUCGACCACGCCCUGAAGAUACGCAACAUUGAGCCCCUGUACGGGUUCCAGUCGGCCGAGUUCAUCCCGUUCCGCUACGCGAGCGGAGGAGGGCGGGAGCUGUUCUUCUACGAGGAGCAGGAAGUGAACCUGAGCGACAUGAUCAACACGCCGCUCCCGCGCGUGCCACUCGACAUCAGCCUCAAGGCUCACUGGCUGAGCAUUGAGGGUGUUCAGCCGUCCAUUCCGGAGAACCCGCCUCCCACGCCAAAGGAGCAGCAGAAGAAGGAGGCGACGGAGCCCAUGAGGAUCAUGAAGCCCGGACAGAGCGACGGGAACCUCAAGCCUGGGCACAAGGCCUCCACGAGCGGGACCUCCGACGGCAAGGGCAAGGACAAGAGGAAGGUGCCUGCGGAGGGCGCCGCCGUGCGCGUGAAAGCGCGUGCCACGCACGAGCUCUCCGUGGAGCAGCAGCUCUACUACAAGGAGAUCACGGAGGCCUGCGUCGGCUCCUGCGAGUCCAAGCGAGCGGAAGCACUGCAGAGCAUCGCGAGCGACCCGGGGCUGUACCAGAUGCUGCCACGUUUCAGCACCUUCAUCUCUGAGGGAGUGCGCGUUAACGUCGCUCAGAACAACCUGGCUCUGCUCAUCUACCUCAUGAGGAUGACCAAGGCCCUGCUGGACAACCAGACGCUCUACCUGGAGAAAUACCUGCACGAGCUGAUCCCCGCGGUGGUGACGUGCAUCGUGAGCCGCCAGCUCUGCCUGCGCCCCGACGUGGACAACCACUGGGCCCUGCGCGACUUUGCCGCCCGCCUCAUGGCGCAGAUCUGCAAGAACUUCAGCUCCACGACGAACAACAUCCAGUCCCGCUCGACCAAGACCUUCGUGAAGAGUCUGCACGACGACAAGACGCCGUGGACCACACGCUACGGCUGCAUCGCGGGCCUGGCCGAGCUCGGCUUCGACGUGAUCAAGACGCUCGUCAUCCCGCGUCUCCCCGCCGAGGGUGACCGCAUCCGGCAGGUGCUGGAGGGCCCGGUGAUCAGCAACAUCGACAAGAUCGGGGCGCAGCACGUGCAGACGCUGCUGCUGAAGCACUGCGCGCCGGUGCUGGUGAAGCUGCGUCCGGGCCCCGACAGCGCCGAGGCCUACAAGGCGGACUAUGGGCACCUGGGCCCCCUGCUGUGCACCCACGUCACCAAGGCCCGCGUGCAGGUCAGCUCCUCCUCCUCCUCCUCCUCUCAGGGCCUGCAGCUCAACCGCUCCACGCUCACCUUCACUCACCCGCAGGUGCGUGGCGCCAUCGGUGCCCCUCACUCUCUCGCGAGCCCCCAGACGGCGCUGCCCCCCCGCUCCUCCACCAUCAUCAAGGUGCCAGGCUCAGGGGGGGGGCUCUAUUCCACGUCCCUGCAGGGGGCCAGCGACGCGUCUGGGCUGCCCCCCAAGUUCAUCGUCGUGUCGGCCCCCACCGGCCCCACACAGAUCCUGCCGAUGUCCUCCUCCACCUCGUCGCCCUCCUCCAUCUCGUCACCCGCCACCGCCUCCUCGCUGUCCUCGUCCCUGUCGGCCACGAUGGCGACGGCCGGCGGCACGCCCACCGUGGUGAAGCUGCUCGCGCCCAGCCAGAAGCUGGCGCCGGGCAUCACCGUCUCGGUGAUGCCCUCCUCCUCCUCGUCCUCCUCGUCGCCCUCCUCCUCGUCGCUCGACGUGACCGGCAAGCCGGUGACGCCGGCGCCGGCGGGGGCGUCGUCCUCGCUGGGCGUCGCGGCGAGGGGCGGUGCCGGCGGCAGCGUGCCGCAGCUCAUCGCCGUCAAGCAGGAGGGCGUCGACGGCCAGCCCAUGGUGGUGCUGCGCAAGCCGGGUGCGCCGGGACCGGCAGCAGGAGCAGCAGCAGGAGGAGCCACGAGCAACGCCGUGACGGUGACGGUGGCGGGGGUGACGGCCGCUGCCGGCGGUGGCGUUGGCGGUGCCGUUGGCGGUGUCGGCACGGCUUUGGGGACGGCGCCUGGUGGGACGGGCUCAGCGGUGCCCAAAUCGGAGCCCGGGACCACGGGCUCGGCUUAGCCCGGUACCACUGCCGUGGUGGUGGUGGUGGUGGCAGGGGAGUCGAGAUGAUAGUGAUGGUGUCUGGAUCGUAGUAGUGUUGAAUUCUCUAAAGCAGUGGAUUUACACCCACCCCCCCCC